UGGAGAAGAAAAACCUUAAGAUGGCAGGCAAAGGAAGUAACACAGACUGCAUGUCAUGCAGUGUACUGAACUGGGAGCAGGUCAGCCGUCUGCAUGAGGUUCUUACAGAGGUGGUUCCGAUCCAUGGACGAGGUAACUUCCCGACGCUGAAGAUAACUCUGAAGGACAUUGUUCAGACUGUUCGGAGUAGGCUGAGUGAAGCAGGCAUUGUGGUACAUGAUGUCCGUCUGAAUGGCUCUGCAGCUGGUCAUGUCCUGGUCAAGGAUAAUGGUCUGGGAUGCAAAGACCUGGAUCUCAUUUUUCAAGUUUCUCUUCCAAGUGAGGCAGAGUUUCAGUUAGUUCGAGAUGUGGUGUUGCGAUCCCUCUUGAAUUUCUUGCCAGAAGGAGUAAGCAAGCUAAAAAUCAGUCCAGUAACACUGAAGGAAGCCUACAUCCAGAAGCUAGUCAAAGUGUACACAGAGUCUGACCGUUGGAGCUUGAUAUCCCUUUCCAACAAACAUGGCAGGAAUGUGGAGCUGAAGUUUGUAGACUGCAUACGACGACAGUUUGAGUUCAGUGUGGACUCCUUCCAAAUCAUACUAGACUCCCUGCUCUUUUACUAUGACUACUCGGAAGCCCCCAUGUCGGAGCAUUUCCAUCCAACUGUGAUUGGGGAGAGCAUGUAUGGAGACUUUGAAGCAGCUUUUGAUCACCUCCAGAACAAGCUGAUAGCUACCAAAAAUCCUGAAGAGAUCCGAGGUGGUGGGCUUCUGAAGUACAGUAACCUCUUAGUACGAGACUUCAGGCCCAUGGAUAAGGAUGAGAUCAAAACAUUAGAGCGCUACAUGUGCUCCCGAUUCUUCAUAGACUUCCCAGACAUCCUGGAUCAGCAGCGCAAACUAGAGACCUACCUCCAGAACCACUUCUCCAAAGAAGAGAGGAGCAAAUAUGACUACCUCAUGAUUCUGCGCAGGGUGGUGAAUGAGAGCACAGUCUGUCUCAUGGGACAUGAGCGAAGGCAGACUCUCAACUUGAUUUCUCUGCUAGCACUCAAAGUACUGGCAGAACAAAACAUCAUCCCUAAUGCCACUAAUGUUACCUGUUACUACCAGCCAGCACCUUAUGUUAGUGAUGUAAACUUCAGCAACUACUAUCUUGCAAAUGCUCCUGUGCCGUACAGCCAGUCCUACCCCACUUGGUUGCCUUGCAAUUGAUUGUUUCACUUGCGUGUUCUUGAGUGGAGGCUACUGAAGGCCAAGAUGCUGAGUGUAUAUAUAGACAAGUAAUAACUGUCAGAUGGAGGUUUUCUAAUGGAAACAUGACUGCAUUGGACUGUCCACUUCCUGCUGUGCAGUAGGAGUAUGCAACCAGGUGACCUGCUAUGAACCUUUUAGUAUGUCUCUACAAAUGCCAAGAAGCCUUAUUACCUCUUCAUUUGGAGAAGAGAACCAGCAGCUAAAUGUUAGAGUAGUUACAAAGCUCUGUACUAGUUCUGGAAGUGGCUAUUAAUGUGUGAUCUAAGUGGAGUAUUUGGUAAACUGGGUUAGUUAAUCAAGGAAAGACUGUAAAAUGUCUUGAGCAGAAGCCACUCCUGGAACAGCAACAAAACUCUACUUUCUAUUGCCUAACCUCAUUACUCUAUACUUCCUCAGUUCAAGUUCUGGCCAACUUUCUAAUGAAUUAAUUGUGCAAGAAUGGGCUCGUGUCAUGCUUGGGCUGCUUCUGUUUUCUGGCUGUGUAGAACUGGUAACUGUAUGGAUACUGUCUGUCUUGUAGAGGGCCUAAAUAUUGUUUCCUGUAGUACCUAGGGAUAUAUGGUCCUGCCUCAAGUUCAAGAUUAAUUUCUUGGAAGUUGAAGAUGGAUUAGUAAGUCUAUCUGUAAAGCAUAAGCUGGCUAAAUUUUUCUUGAGUACAAACAUUUAGAAGGUGGCAUCUCUAAACAUGCACCAAAACAUGAUCUAAAACUUGGUCAUGUGAAAGGUUCUUUAAAUAAGGAAUUGAAGCCUUAAAUAGAA